AUGAGCAAUAAUACUUGGGAGCUGAAAUGUCUUGCCACGAUUACUGUGGCCACUACAGUAACCCUACUCUAUUUCGUGUCGAGACGCAUUUCGAAACUAGAGGAGGAAAUUCGAAAAAUUGGUGAAAACCUCGAAAAACUGCCCAAAAGCCCCGUGAAAAGUGUGCAUUUUCAACGGCGGGUUACUGUAGAUGAGGUCUCGCCACGAAGAGCCGUCCGCGCCACGUUUUGUGCCACCAGCGACUCGGAAUACGGUGAUGCGGAAGAGGAAUGGUGAAUUUUUGCGAAGAAAUGGUUAAAGGCGCAGAUGAUGAAUCGAAAAUAUCUCGAAGCGAAAUUGGUUUUGUGUAGUUCUCCCGGAGGAUUUUCGAUUUUUCACGUUUUCCUCGAGAAAUACACGAAAUGAAUUAAAGGCGCAGAUGAUAAAUCGAGAAUAUCUCGAAGCGAAAAUGGUUUUGUGUAGUUCUCCCGGAGGAUUUUUGAAUUUUUCGAUUUUUCACAUUUUCCUCGAGAAAUACACAAAAUGGUUAAAGGCGCAGAUGAUAAAUCGAAAAUAUCUCGAAGCGAAAUUGGUUUUGUGUAGUUCUCCCGGAGGAUUUUUGAAAUUUUUCGAUUUUUCACGUUUUCCUCGAGAAAUACACGAAAGGGUUAAAGGCGCAGAUGAUAAAUUGAAAAUAUCUCGAAGCGAAAUUGGUUUUGUGUACUUCUCCCGGAGGAUUUUUGAAAUUUUCCGCGCAAAAUCGAUUUUUUCUCAUUUUUCCUCAAAAACCCUGGGAUUUUCGCCGAAAAUCUCGAUUUUUGAUGAGAAAUGAGGAAAAGCAACAUUUUUCGAACAGGUUCGAUCAAGAUACUCCCAAAAAACCGGAAUCGUCGUCGAAAAAGGUUGGUUUUGUGUUUUUCUCUGCGCUCUCCACACUCUCUCGUUUUUUGAGAACAGCGAGAAAAAAAACAUUUUUCAGCAGCUUUUUUAUUUGUUUUCCCCCAUUUUUUUGUGAUGUUACGAAAUUUUUUGGGAAAAUUUCAAAAUUUCUCUGAAAAUUGAAAGUUUCAGCCCAAAAAACAGUGA